GGUUGGGUCCAGGGUCAUGCCGAUUCUUGCCCUGCUGUCUUGCUGUCACAGGGCUGACCAGUUUGAGUAUGUGAUGUAUGGGAAGGUGUACAGGAUCGAGGGAGAUGAGACGUCUACAGAGGCUGCCACGCGACUCUCUGCCUACGUGUCCUAUGGAGGGCUGCUCAUGCGUCUCCAGGGAGAUGCCAACAACCUGCAUGGCUUCGAAGUGGACUCCAGGGUGUACCUCCUCAUGAAGAAACUGGCCUUCUAAUGGGCAGGAGCUGAGGGACUGCGGGAGGCAGCAGGGACCUGCCUGAUGCAGACAGUCUGGACAGACAUGGACUUGCCAGCAAGCCCUCUGAUCCGUGCCCCAGGAGUUUGGCUCCUACACGUCUCAUCUGCAUGUGCCUGAACUCUGCCACGCAUUCCAGUCUGUGCAGCCAGCCCAGAGGCCUGCACUGCUCACAUCUCUGCAGGGUUGCCAUCCAGGCCAGGAGACUGCCUCUCUGCCAAGCAGGCUGCAACUUCAGCAAAUGCCCCAGUCUCUAAAGAACUGCCCUUUGUAGGGGCUGGUCACAUGCAGGUGAGCUCCUAGGUCCCUGCCUGCAGGUGCCAGUCACUGGAGGACUUGUCUAUGGCACAUGCUGCCCCCUGGCUCUCGGCCAGCUGGGAGGUUGCAUUCUUGCCCCUUGGCUUCACUGCAGGCUGCAGUAGAGUCUAUGCCACCCACCCAGGCAGGCCAUAUGCUGUAUUGGCAAGGAGGGCAGCAGCUCCUGGGCCCAUCCCAUCUGGUUCUCUAUUAAACCUGGUUUUUCAGAUUUG